AUGAGCUCCUUCCAUCCGCUGGGGUCGUCCGCAGAUGCUGAUCCCCUCACUGCCGCUGCCCCGGCCGAUCUUCGAUUCCAUCACAACGAUGACGACGACGACUCCUGGACGCCACCUUCGUUGCCUGGAGAGACCCGUAUUCUCCCUCGUUCCAGCGCCAGCGCUGGUCGAACGCGCAGCGACCGAGGCGGUGGCACCAAGGGCAUCACAGACCCUCUCCACAACAACAACAGCGCCGGCGGUAGCUUUGCAAGCGGUGGCGGUGAUGGUGCUGACGGGGCGGCUGCGGAAGAGGAGAGCUACAGCCGUGCGGUAAGGAACAAUGGUGGCGCUACCGGGAGUAACGCCGCCCCCACAAGAGGGCAACGAGAGUGGGAAAGAGGGCCAUCGCCGGCAGCGGGAGCAUCCCGCACGCUCUCCGUGGUGCACUCGUUUAGGCUGCACAGCUACUACGCCCCCACUUUUUGCGACGUCUGCUCGCAGCUGCUCAUCGGGAUCAUGCAGCAAGGGUUGCAGUGCGCUGUGUGUGGCAUGAACAUUCACCCCGAGUGCCAAGCCACGCCCUGCUCCGACGACCACUGCUGCCGCCCGCCCGAAUCCGUUCAAAUAUCGGCCGGGGUUGACGGCUCUCGGAACAUGGGGGUACGUCUGAAGCCGGGGUACCCCGGUGGGAAAAACGGGGUGUUGGGCGGGAGCAGGAGCGGUGGCACUUCCGAUGCUCUUGUGGAGGACCCGCUGAACAGCGAUUGGCACCAGCAGCUGGUGCAAAACAACCAGCUGUGGGUGCCAGACUCGGUGGCCGCGGGUUGCAUGGUCUGCUCCCGCCCGUUCAACCUCGUUCUCCGAAGGCACCACUGCCGUCGGUGCGGGACGUGCAUGUGCGGUUUUUGCUCCCACACGGCUGUGAGCGACAAGGUCCUUUCCGUGAACCAGACAACCGGUGCAGUGAUACGGUUGUCUUCCGGGGAACCCGUCCGCUGCUGCACCCCAUGUACGCGCGUCCUUGACCAGCAGCUCGCGCAUGCUUUGCAGCGAAAAGGGUGGGGUGCUAGGCAUGGCACGCCGGCCGCCAUUAAUGCAAUUCGCAAGAGGUUUCCGGGCCCGUCUUCGUCAUCAACUCCUUUCGUCGCCGCCGGAGGGGCAGGCUAUGCUGCCACGCUGCCGAUAUUGUCGGCUGCUGCAACGGAGGGCUACGAUGGCGGCGGUUUCGUGCCCCCCCCAUCCACAUCCCGGCCGAAUGCCGAGGAGGAGGAAUACGAGGGGCAGGAGGAGCAGGAAGGCAUGGGUGGUUCAGGUGGCAACGGCAACUAUCAUGGCGGUGGAGAUGGGAGAGGCUAUGAUAGUGAGAGCCCUGUCCGCCGUAUGAAGCACGGCGUCGAAGACCCACUCGCUAGCGUGCAGGAGCAUUCGCCUCCACCCCCGCCGCGUCGAUGGCAAGAGCCACAACCAACCGCUGGAGAAGUUCCAUCUUGGCUGGGCAAGAGCUCGUUGGGCUCGUCCCGACUCCCGGCGGCAACACCGAAAAGUGCUGUCACUACGAGCGCCGGCAGGGCGCCGCUGCCCGAUGCGGAACAAUACUACGAGGAGGGUCUCGAGGAAGAGGGUGGGGUGUGGGGCGAAGAGAGCGCCGGCAUGGAAGAAACCACAGACUGGUCCAACUCCGGGGCUGUCGUGUAAUUUUUCUCAAGUCCAACUUAAGUCCAUGUCAAAAGCGAUGCGUGCCGAUGUGCUGGCGGAAGGUUGGGUGGGGUAGGGGUUAGCGACGGUGGUGUUCGUGUCAUGGCGCGACUCUGUUGUCGCUUUGCGUUGAGGUGGGUGUAUUGGUAGCUUGGGUGGUGUUUGUGUAGGAAAGAAGGUCACGGUGGUGAUUACAAGAAGCGCUGCAGCGGUUUUCGAUAAGGAGGAAGUUGUGCUGAUUUUCGUGCGAUUUUUCCAGACGAGAAACGACUCGCAAAAUUUGCGCUUGUCGAAACGCUUCGACAACGCGGGACUUUCGAAGAAUUGACCACAAUAUGCUUUAUUGUGGAAGUUUGAUAGAUAAAUGCCGAUAACUAAAAGAAUGGCGCGUAGGGAAGGGAGCUCUGUUGGUGAACGGAUUAAGAGAGGGCUGGAGAAGUUAGAUUUUUUUGAAUUUCCCAGAAGGAAAAAAUCGUCGAAACUACUUUGCUUGGUAUGACAUGCUUUGGUUCCUCUAGAAUCCUUUGUCAAGCAAAACAAUCGGAUUGGCCACGGCAGCCUUUACUAGUUGAAUCGUC